GUUCACUGUCCUUUAUCUGACAAUGCACUGUUUCGUCAGUGUUAUCCCAAUUCUCUUGUCCACACUUCUGCAGCCAGCGUUCUCAAGUUUCACAGCUGCUUCACACGUAUAAAUGCAGAUAUUGAAACACACAAUUGUUUUCAUUUGUGCCCAUCCGUUUCGAUCCGCUUUAAAUUUUUUGUCGUCGCUAACUCAACAUUGACUUGACUGAGUACUGUUUCCUUCUGAGAAGUUGCAGAUUGCAGAUUCAGAGAUGAACUCAUAUGUAUGAUCUUUUCAAAGUUCGUUCGUUAGAAUGGAGCCCGAAAGAGGUCAGCAUCACCCGGAAGAUGCAUUGGAAAGUCUACCUAUCGAUUUCGUGAUCGAGAUUCUCAGAGAUCAUGAUCUGCCAAUUUCCACUCUUCUGGAAUGUCGUUCAGUUUGUAAAAAAUGGAAGGAAAUCAUAGAUGGUCCUGAGUUACGGAACAACAUCUGGAAAAAAUCUGUUCUUGGGUUCAAUGCAAGUCGUGAAAAUACGGCCUACUUCUGCUGUAGAGAUCGAUGGAUCACAAGGAAUCUUACAUUUAGGCCCAAUUGGUCGCUGCUGAUGGAGGCCUACUGUUUCGGUGAACUAUUUUCAACAGCAUACAUCAUGUAUAACCCAGUUCCGGACAAAAUCCUGCCUUUAAACGUACCUCGUGAAAUCGAUGGAGAACAUACAGUUAUUGAUGGUUUGCUGGAGUGUAAGGUGGUGGGCUUAGUCGUGGACCAAUCUACGAAAAACUUCAAGCUGGUUUUGGGAGGAGUUCUAGUCGCAACAGAUAGACGCCGAACUUUGAUUUACGAUUCGACGAUGGGUACAUGGUCGUGGGGAAUACAUCCGUUUCCUGAACGGAUGAAGGAUGUGUGGAGUAAUAGGAGAAGUGUAGAAUGUAAUAGAUGUCUGUAUUGGAUCGUAUGGCAUCCCUUUCACCGCAAGAGGAAGGCUCUCUUGAUAUUUGAUCUGGAAGAGGGAACGUGGAACGCCUUGGUAGAGGAAUCCAUGGAGGCCACGCCAAUUGGCCUUCAAAUGGCUGCGUAUGAAAGACAUUUGUGCUUACUCGCCAGUGAUUGGAUUAAUUGGCCUUUCGAAGUGGAGUUUGAUCGUUGGAUCAAUGUCACCAAUUUCCUCCGGAAUCCCAUGGUCCGGAGAAUGGAUGGAGCUUUGAUCAGGAGAGCUAGAGAUCUGUAUGAUCGAACUUUGAUCGGGAGACGGAGAUUUCCAUGGAACAUGGACGAAGCAAUGGAUGAAGCUGUUAACACGAGAUUAUUGGGUCAAUGGGUCUAGGUUAUCCCACAUUAUUCAACUUCUAUGCCACAGGAGGCAGUGAUGCAUUUUUCGUGUUCGAUGAAGAAGGUAUAGAACUUGACGUGGUGAAAUAUUUGGCUGAAUUUGACUUGAUAUUCUUUCUACCCCAACCUCCUUUUCACUCAUUUCAAUACGCUCGGAUCAUCGAAGACCCUUGGUGUGCGAUAAUUCCAAGUCCCAGUGGAAGUGCAGGGCAGGGAUGGGUAAGACAGCAGGAGUAUAUAGCAAAGCAGCCGAGACGUCUGCAGGAGGAGAUGCGGGGAUAGAGGAGGCUAUAUCCAGUGUAAAAUGAGAUUGUAGAAAAUUUCCCU